AUGGCUGUCGACACGAUUGUUUCCCAGCCAAGUCUGGUGGCGGCCUUGCAAAUAUCCGACCAAGCACGCGACCAGGCUCACACACUUCUUCGCCUGGCAGACGAGGCCAGUGACUCUCAUACCUCAGCCGAGUCACAGGCCGAGAUUGCCAAGCAGCAGAAGCAUUUGUUUACUAGCAUAUCGCAACUUCGCGGUCUACAUCGGGACGCUUGCAUCUCUGCCCGCGAAACUAAAGCCCAGACUGCCGAAGCCCGUCAAGAGGUCGACCGUCUGCAUCUUCAGCUGCAGAACCUUUACUAUGAGCAGCGACAUCUUCAAGGCGAGAUAUCGGCUUGCGAAUCAUACGACCACAAAUACCAGCAACUGCCCCUUAUUCCUGUCGAUGAAUUCCUGGCCCAACACCCCGAACAUGCCGAUGACGACGAUGAUGAGCUCAUGGUGGCGAGAAUUGACCAUGAACGCACAGAGCGUGAGGCUCUAGAACAGCAACGUCAAGAGUUGCUGAAACGAAAGCAAAAACUCAUCGCAGAGAAUAAGAGGCGAAAGGACGACUUGGCUAACUUGGACCAAGACCUUGAAAAAUUUAUCGAUGUAAGUGAUGUUGCUAUUCUCGUUACACUGGAUCGUCUCUGGAAUGUCGCCAACGCUUUACACCAGGCCGCGAAACCAAUUUUGGAGCUUUUUGAGAAGGCACCCUGA